AUGAAGGAGCAUUGCUCUUCUUACAGCACUGUGUGUCUGAGCUGCGGCACUCCUGAGCCCACCAUGCAGAGCCUGGAGCCUGACUACAUGUCAAUGUGCUUGUUUGCAGAGGACUCCUACCAAAAACUAGCUAUGGACACCUUGGAAGAGCUGGACUGGUGCUUGGAUCAGCUGGAGACCAUUCAGACCUACAGAUCAGUCAGCGAAAUGGCAUCAAACAAGUUCAAGAGGAUGCUGAAUCGGGAGCUGACCCACCUCUCAGAGAUGAGCAGAUCGGGCAAUCAGGUGUCUGAAUAUAUCUCCAGCACAUUCUUGGACAAGCAGAAUGAUGUGGAGAUCCCCUCCCCAACACAGAAAGACCGUGAGAAGAAGAAGCGGCAUCAGUUAAUGACGCAGAUUAGCGGAGUAAAAAAGUUGAUGCAUAGUUCCAGCCUCAACAACACGAGCAUGUCCCGGUUCGGAGUCAAGACAGAACACGAAGACUUGCUGUCUAAAGAAUUGGAGGAUCUGAACAAAUGGGGACUUAACAUCUUCAAGGUAGCAGCCUAUUCUUGCAAUAGACCACUUACCUGCAUCAUGUACGCUAUAUUCCAGGAGAGAGAUCUGCUGAAGACUUUCAAAAUUCCCACAGACACACUAAUCACCUACACAAUGACCUUAGAAGAUCACUACCACUCAGAUGUCGCCUAUCAUAACACCCUCCAUGCUGCUGAUGUCACACAGUCCACUCAUGUGCUCCUCUCUACUCCAGCUCUGGAUGCUGUCUUUACCGACCUGGAAGUCCUUGCCGCAAUUUUUGCAGCCGCCAUCCAUGAUGUAGACCAUCCAGGAGUCUCCAAUCAAUUCCUAAUCAAUACAAAUUCUGAACUUGCACUUAUGUACAAUGAUGAGUCUGUCCUGGAGAAUCACCACCUGGCUGUGGGCUUCAAGUUGCUGCAGGAGGAAAAUUGUGACAUUUUUCAGAACCUUACCAAGAAGCAGAGGCAAUCACUCAGGAAAAUGGUCAUUGACAUGGUGCUUGCCACAGACAUGUCCAAACACAUGAGCCUACUGGCCGAUCUGAAGACGAUGGUAGAAACUAAGAAGGUUACCAGUUCUGGUGUUCUUCUGUUGGACAACUACACUGACCGCAUACAGGUUCUCAGGAAUAUGGUGCACUGCGCAGAUUUAAGCAAUCCAACAAAAUCUCUGGAGCUCUACCGGCAGUGGACAGACAGAAUCAUGGAGGAGUUCUUCCAGCAGGGAGACAAAGAGCGAGAACGGGGCAUGGAGAUCAGUGCAAUGUGUGACAAGCACACAGCUUCUGUGGAAAAAUCACAGGUUGGCUUCAUUGACUAUAUUGUCCAUCCUUUGUGGGAAACAUGGGCAGACUUGGUCCAGCCUGAUGCUCAGGAUAUUUUGGAUACAUUGGAGGACAAUAGGAACUGGUACCAAAGCAUGAUACCUCAAAGCCCUUCUCCUCUUUUGGACGAGCAGGACAAGGACUGUCCAGGGGUCUCAGAAAAGUUCCAUUUUGAGCUGACUCUUGAAGAAGAAGAUUCAGAAAGCCACGACAAAGAGGGGGACUGUAUCAGUUACUAUAGCAGUACGAAAACUCUUCAUAUGGUUGAUCCAGGAAUCGAGGACUCACCAGAAGGCGAUGCAGAAAUACUGACAGACGACACAUCGCCUCUGGACACAUAG